AUGGCACGUCCCACUCCUGCAGACGAUGACGAGCUCAUCACGGUCGUCAUCGAAUUAACGAACGGGCGGUACCGUAUCCUGAAGUCUACACUCACCAGAGAGAGCGGUUUCUUCGAGACACUAUUCAAAAACGACUGGCAAGAGACAACCUCCGGAGUCGUUGAGCUUACUGGUGAUGACGAUCUAGCAUUGGCUCUUGUCCUCCAGCAGCUGCGCAAUGCCGAGACCACGGCACAAUUCGCUCAGUCCAUCAACGACGUUCUCACUGACUCUGUGACAGUGGGGAACCAUAUGAACGAUUUCUACCUAGCCAUGGAAAUGUACAUGGUUGCGGACAAGUAUGAUAUGCCGGCACUGCGGAUAGUGCUAGCCCAAACUACCUUGCCCCGACUCCUGAAGAAGUUGUACUACACCCCAGGUCUUGACACGGGUGGCCAGUCAGACUUUACACGCUAUCUCUACGAGCACUACUGUGAUCGGCUGGGUGAGUAUCCUGAGGAACUGUUCGACGUAUACUGCCACAGCGUCGCACACCUCAGGAAUGAAGGUCACGAUGUUAGUCAGUUCAUCGAAUGUAUCGGCCAGAACCCAAAAUUCCUCAAACGACUCGCAACUUGCAACGGUGGCGAUGUGAGCGUCCCCAACGGGGAAGAUCACAUCGAGCAUGGAGACAACAAGACGAAGGACGAGGACGGAGCCAAUACGAAGAACAACGAUCAAGACAGCGGCAAUGUGAAAGAUGACAAGGGUGGAGCUUAUGAAGACACAGCAUACGACGAUGGCUGA